UCUUGAUCAAGCGAGCCCUCCCUCCUCAUCCAUUAACCCAUCCCUGGCGGAACUAGUUAAGCACUUGAUCCCGGCCUGCCGCUGCCCAAGCGGUGUUGCCAGACGCCAAUAUUCCAUGCAUCUCCUAACUCCCCUUUGGGAAUCUCAGGUACCCGGCUAGAAGUCAGCUUAAUACACAGGCAUAUUGAGCACUCUAUUAUCGAUCGAAUUCCCCCAGUUGUCCACUUUCUGUAACCAAGCAUCUCAUUUCAUCCGAAGCACAACAUGACGGUCAUUGAAAUUGAAGUAGUCUUCGACUUCGUUUGCGCAUGGUGUUACAUCGGCAAGCGGAAGCUAGACAGAGCCAUCGCUCUAUACCAGAAAGUCUAUCCAGGUGGAAAAAAAGACGUCUUCUCUAUCAAGUGGCGUCCCUACUACCUCAACUAUAAUCCACACGCACACAGCGUACCCAAGAGCGAAUUAAUCGAUGGCCGGUUGAGCAACAUGACUCUGGAACAGCGAACGUCCCUAUUCAGCCGCAUGGAUCAGAUUGGGCGGUCCGUCGGUAUUCAUUUCAAAGCCGGAGGUAUGAUUGGGAAUACUCGCGAUGCGCAUCGCCUUGUCCAUCUCUGUGGAACUCAGUCUCCUGAAGCUCAGAGUGCGCUGGUGGAGAAGAUCCUUGAGGCCUAUCAUGAGCUGGAGAAGGAUAUCUCAUCUAAGGAGGUGUUGACUGAACUAGCCGUGGAUACUGAGCUCGAUGCGAAGCAGGUGCGUGAGUGGCUGCAUUCUGAACUGGUGGCAGAUGUUGUGGAUAACGAAGCCUGCAAAAAUAAAGAGGAAGAGGGCAAUACGGGUGUCCCUCGCUACAUAAUUCAGAGUGUGUAUCGGUUGGCUGGUGCUGCAGAUCCCUCUGAGUUUAUCGAGAUCUUUUCGAAGGUUAAGGAAGGCGAAUCACAACGUUGAAGAAGGAUCUAGUCGCGGAAUUCGCUGCGCUGACAUUAAUAAGCUUCCCCACACUGAGCUUCAACGCCCCCCACACUCCAUUAAUAAUCCAGCC